CUUCCCGGAACAUCUUUCAUCUCCAGAUCUACUCAUCGUCAUUUCUCUGCUUCUGAAUCGGUACGCAGAUCCGUGUAGAUCGUUCGCCGAUCUACAGUUUGAGUAUGGUUUCGACUUGUAUCGGACAUUGAUUCCCUGCGAAAUGGUUAUGAAUUCAGAUAUGUAUAGAUCGUUUGCCGAUCUAUCAUUUCUGAGUUUUGUCUGUAUGAAUAUUGCUCGGACCAUGGACCAUGGGCGAUGCCGUUGGCUGGAUGAAGAGUGGAUAGAUCUGAUGGAUUUGUUACGAGAUUGAGAGCUAUAAACCUCAGAUCCGUUGUUGGUUUGUUUUCAAACUUUUCAAGGAGAGUUCUCGGUGACCUGAGAUGAUUUUUUGACCUUCAAUUGGUGGAGGCUUCGUUGUUCGCGGAUAUAGUUUUGUCGGAUAUCAUCGUUUCAAUCGGGUGAUUUUACCGUAUCUCUGUAGAGCUCGGUGCAAUUGGAUAUCACUGGUGUUCUAUUUAUGCUAGAUCUCGAGGGAUGGUAAUCGGCAAGCUUGAGGUUGUUAGAUAAGGUUAUCAUAGUUAAAUUUGUUGUCUAUUCUCAGCUUAAUUAUGAAAAUUUGCAUUAGUUUUAUUGAUAUGCAUGCAUAUGUACGAGUAAAUAAUGAGACCGUAGGGAAAAGAGAGGAAAUGUGAGGUUCUAUUAUUGUUAUUUACCGGCCUUUGCCAUGACGGGUGCGCUCGCAUGGCAGGUCACAAAACCUAAUAAAGUUGCGAUUUUUGUGUUUGGAGGGGAGAUGGUACGGGGUUUUUUGCCCGACUUUCCUCUCCGUGUCUCGUCUCUGGCCUCCCUUCUCUGUUUUCUAGAAUUGUCUGCAAGAUCUACUCAGAUAAUCGUCUCAUCAAAUUUGGCGUUAAUGUCCCCGAACGAUGGUUUGGUUAUCUGUCAAGUUAUAGCAGCGCUACCUUUUCAAGGGAUAGGUAUAUCAUGCACUCUUAAUACAACAGUACAACAGCGGACAGGCGAAUUCUAGGAUUAUUCAGCUCCACACUCCUACCAAAGGUACACUUAUGAAUUCCUUUCACUAACUUUGACACUUAACUUUCAUAGCAUAUGUUCGCUCCAUAAGUAAAUAAGCCUUGCCAAUAGUAGUCCGUAAAAUCUUUAAUUGUCUCUGACUACAGGUAGUAAUAUUGUUAACGACAUAUAAGAGUUAAUUCAGUCUACUUAUAAUUAUUGAUUUAUUUAACAAAAGAAAUAGCAAAAUGAUUUAUUUUGAAUGAUGGAACAGUUUAAAUUAAGUCAAUCUACUUCACAAAAAUAUAAGUUAAUUUCUCUGUUUGCGAAUAAUAAUUAACUAACAUCUGUAGCUUAAUUAUAUCUGGAAUGACUUGACUAGUUUUCCAAAUGAGGUUUUGCAAUUUUGACGAUCUGAAAAUUCGGGUUUGAGAUACUGAUCUUCCUUUUUUGAUCGUUUAAGCCUGCCACUGAUCAAUUGGUCUAUUAAAUGAGACUAGAUUAUAACUUGAUGAAUCAUCCAUUUUCAAUAUCUUUGUCAAGUCUGUUAAAUCAACAGUAGUUUAAUCAAUAUCCAUCACUAAUGCAAAAGGAAUCUGUGUACAUGAUUGCCUGUUAUUUAUUUAUCAUCAUUGCGAAAAUUUCAAUACAUAAUUACUUAUUAUUUAAAGGCAGUGGAACUAUCUUCGCAUUUUUUUUUGGUUGAUGUAAUAAUUUAUAAUAGUGGAUUUCAAUGGAGUCUCUUGUUGAGCUCGUUCUGUAAUCCUAGAGGGUGAUUGUAUGGCUUGAGAUACUUUCGUACGAUGGUUGUUCCUCAGCUGGUUGGUUCUCUCUGCAUGCUGGAGAGUUUAAGCUUUUUGCCUCGAGUAAUCAUUGAUUGACCUGGAUGUUGCCGUGUUAUACUGCAAUGGAUCUGCUCCAUGCUGAAAUCAAUUAUUAUGUUGUACUUUUUGACUCUUUUCCUAGAUUACACUCACCUGUAAUUUCCUGUUUGCUUAGCUAUCAUACUACUGCUGAAAUCAAAUAUUAUGUCUUUACCUGGA